AUGGAGAUACAACACGUGAAAGAGCUCGAAUGGCCUAAACCAAUGCUGACUUCCUCUAGCAAGAGAAAUCAAAGUAAGUACUGCCAUUUUCACAAAGAUCACGGGCACGAUAUAGAAGAACGUCUACAAUUGAAGGAAGAAAUCAAGCGCCUGCUAAGGCGGGGACUAUUGGUCAAGUAUGUAAAAAACGACACGGGCAGACGGCUCGAAGGAAUACCCCCACCAAGGGCAGGAGUGAUAAACAUGAUCAUUGGGGGAGUAGCAUCGGGUGGCGACUCAAAUUCAGCUAGAAAGAGCUAUGCGCGUUCCACAGGAGUCUGCUCUAUAAAAAAAAAAGCAAGGUUCAACCAGAGCAUUACUUUCGACGAAGAGGACUUGAUCGGUAUAACGCAUCCCCACAAUGAUGCCUUAGUCAUGGUGGGCGAUAUAGCAGAUUUUGACGUAAAGAGGGUGCUUGUCGAUGGAGAAAGUGCAGCAAAUGUCCUCACCUGGGAUGCCUUCUUGGAUCUAAAAAUUCCCCCAGAAAAGCCGAAGAUGGUGACUACCUCUCUACAAGGCUUUAGAGGGGCAACAGUGAUACCAAAGGGAACUGUAAAGCUCCCAAUUACGCUUGGCACAUACCCAGCGACAGUGGUGAUUGUGACUAAUUUCUUGGUUGUCAAGACCCCCAUUGUCUACAACAUCAUCUACGGCCGGCCAUUGCUAAACGUAGAUGGCGCUGUCUCAUCGACCCACCAUCAAAUUAUGAAGUUCCCAACUAGCAGAGAAGUCGGGAGCGUGCAAGAGGACCAGCACGCAUCAAGAAAAUGCUAUGUGGAUAGUAUACAGGCGAAAGGCUCACCACCAAUCAAGAUGCUGGAUGUGGAACUCCCAAGGGGACGGAUCAAGUCGCUCGAUAUGAUUGAAAAAAUCUUUAUAGUCGAAGGACGGGAGUUUAGUGUCGGAACAGGUUUGGAAUCCGAAGAAAAGGAAAAAUUGUCCAAGUGUCUAGCCGGUAACUUGGACGUGUUCGCUUGGGGCCCGGAGGACAUCCAAGGAUUAGCCUGA